CUGGGAAGCAUUAAUUGUUGGAAUGGUUGGAGCCCUGCUAAUUUGUUUUUCUAUGCCUUUAAUAGAUAAGUUAGGAGUGGAUGAUCCAGUUGGAGCCAGUGCAGUACACGGAGUAGGAGGUAUAUGGGGAAUUCUUGCUGUUGGAAUUUUUGCACAAAACCCAUAUCCAUUGGAUACAACUAAUGGCAGAAGUGGAUUUGUAAAAGGUGGAGGUUUCUAUCUAUUUGGCGUACAAGCCCUAGCAGCUAUAUGUUUUGCAGCCUGGGGUCUUAUAUCAACUAUAAUACUGCUUUGGGCAAUAAACAAAAUAAUCAUCAUAAGGAUGGAAGUUCAAGAAGAAUUAAUGGGAGCUGAUCUGACGGAACACUUGGUUAAACAUGGGAAUGUAAAUAGAGUUGGCAUUUCUAGAGCUAUUUCUGCAUUUCGCCCAGUGUUAGAUACAAGUAAUGUCGACAAAAUAAAUAACAUUGGCUUAAACCCUGGCCAUAAUAAAAGCUUAAAUAUUAUAAAAAUUAUGGCUCGAAGAAAGUACAAGUUAUCAAGUAUUUUGCGGGAUAUAACACAACAUAGAAACAUGGGAGUAAAUUUGCCAAAAAAUCUUUUUCCGAAAAUCAAAAAGAAGAAACCUACAGUUGUAAGACCUGCUCAACAUAAUGUACACGUUGACGGCGAGGAUGGUACAAAAGGUGCCCCAAUAGCAUGGGUGAAUUAAAUAUGUAGAACAUAA